AUGGCUCCAAACACUUCCAGAAAGCAAAAAGUUAUCAAAACCUUAACCGUUGACGUUUCCUCUCCAACUGAAAACGGAGUCUUCGAUCCGGCUUCAUAUUCCAAGUACUUAAUCGAUCAUAUUAAAGUAGAUGGUGCCGUAGGAAACUUAGGGAACGCCAUUGAGGUUACUGAAGAUGGUUCUAUAGUCACUGUAGUAUCCAGUGCCAAAUUUUCUGGUAAAUACUUGAAAUAUCUAACAAAGAAGUAUUUGAAGAAGAAUCAGCUAAGAGACUGGAUCAGAUUCGUCUCUAUAAGGCAAAACCAAUACAAAUUGGUUUUCUAUCAAGUCACCCCUGAAGAUGCUGACGAAGAAGAGGAUGACGAAUAA